AUAAAGGGAGACCGCUAUAAAGGCAACAGGCGCAGUGCUUCACACCCACCGCUUCCACCACCACAACCGGACAGGGACACGGCACUAGCUCGUAGAAGGUCGGCCGGCCAGCCAGAGUCACAGCCGAAGGUGAAAGGGAGCGGAUAUGGGGGCGGAUCGUUUCCUGAGCGUGGCGGAGGGCGGCCUCGGCGGCGAGGCGCUCUACUUCGCGGUCAUCCUGUGGCUGUCCGUCAUGUCGUGGAUCAUCUUCACCUGGGUCGGCGACGGCGGGGAGGACGGGAGGCGGGGGAGGAAGCGCCGGGGCAGCCGCGGCAGCCCGGUGUUCGUCGGCGCGUCGGGGAUCUGCGACGGCACCGGGCCCGAGUGCAGCGGCGGGUACGGCAUCUGCGGCACCUGCCUCGACUAGCCUGCUCUGCUACUAGUAAGUUUGUGUGAGCGUCAAAAGCGCGGCCAUGUUUGUAGCUGUAGCGUCUACAUGUCGUCGUCGAUGCGUGGCCUCGAUGGAGAAGCUGGCGUUGCUCUGGUGAUAUGAUGAGAGCAGAGCAGCUCCCCUGUGUGAAGACAAUAAGAGGGAGGAGCCUACUCAUCAGCCUACUUCCAUCUUGCUUAUUAGGCUGCUCAAACUGAGUUGUCGUUAGCUCUUUUUUUUAUUUCUCCUUCCUUUAAAGUUUGAUCUCGAUCCUCUGUAAAUUUAAGCUGCAGAAGAACCAAAUACAUGUCUCGAACAGUACUAUGUGAGACG